AGUUCUCUGUUUUGUUGAACCGACUUCGAGACGGGCGUUUCAUCUAUCUUCUCGUCCGCUGUGUGUGUGUGCUUUGUAUAGUUCCACUCCACUACGCGCUUCUGUGCGCUGAAUCCGUCCUCAGUUUGUACGGGUAUUAAACUUCUAACGCGCUACCCUUUUCGGUGGUUGUUCUUGUGCUUGUGUUUCGUCGUCAUCGCGAAAUAGCGUUCACAUCGGCGGCCGAUGCACACGUCCCUGCGAGUUCGGCAGACGGCACUGCAGCCGUGCCGACGCCUCGCCCGCCGUUUCAUCCCACCAUGGGAGAAGGAUGGCAAGACGGCCGAGGAGUUCUUUGGUGGCAUCAUGCAAAGCACUAACCCCAUUGAAAAGCACCGCCGUCAGGCGGAGCGGCAGCGCCAGUUUGAGGAGACGGUGGCCGUCGACGACGCUUUUUCGCCGGAGGAGCACCGACUGCUGGCGGAGAUGGAGGCGCACAACGCUGCCGUGGCGGACGCUCGUCGCAACUUUCUGCCCUACGGUGCCGCCCCCCUAAAGUACUUUGACACCGCGAACAUGGCAGCGUGGGGUGCGUAUGAAGCGGCUCUGCGAGCUGCCCCACCGAAGCUCACCGCUGCCGCUGCUGCUGAUGCCUCGGAAGCGUUAACGCCGGACACCUACUCCUCCUCGAUACAGCAGCAGCUGGCGGAAGACAUGGAGAGUAAAGUUCCUUAUCGCUACGACUCUUAUGUGGAGCCUUCUUCUGCCUCUGUCCCUGCCUCUGCCUCGUCAUCUGAGAGGCAGCCCACGUGGCCUCUGCACGGGUCCGCAGGGAUCGUGAUGGACAUCGACGGCGUUGUCCAUCGCGGUCAUCAACUCGUUCGCGGUGCCGACACGGCUGUCCAGCACCUUGUGAUGCUACGCAUUCCCUUCGUCUUUCUCACCAACGGCGGCGGCAAGAGUGAGGCGGAGAAAGCGGAGGAGCUCGCAACGCUUUUGGGGUGCCCGAUUCAGCCGAGUCAGGUGCUCAUGGCGCACAGCCCAAUGCGGCUGCUCGUGCCAGAGUUUGGCCAGCAACGCGUGGUGGUGGUCGGCGCCCCGCACUGUGCGGCGAUCGCCAGAGACUACGGGUUUCGUCAGGCCAUGUCCAUCCAGCAGUUCCAGUGCGAGCACCCGGAGACGGUGCCGUUUAAGCGGUGGGGCGAGCUGCAGCGGGCACCGGCGGGCAGCGUGCCAUUUCCCGAAGUCGGCGCGGUGCUUCAAAUGAACGACCCCGAGGACGGACUGAACGACAUCCAAACCAUCGUAGACAUUUUGCUGGCUCCGAAGGGGCAGGUGGGCCCGUACGUGGCGGGGGCGCAGACGACGCCCUACUUCGUGGCCGCCGACGACCUCCUCUGGGCGACGGAGGCGGCGCUGCCACGACUGGGUCAGGGCGCCUUUCGUGAGAUGAUGUCCUCCGUCUUUGAGAGCGUGACGGGGCAGGGCUUGCAGACACAGCUGUACGGUAAGCCGCGCGCCAUUGCCUACGCAUACGCGGAGCAGCGGCUGCGGUCGGUGGCGGUGGCGAUGGGUUGGAAUCCGCACAGGAUGCGAUCCAUCUUUAUGGUGGGCGACAACAUCGAGUCUGACAUCGUCGGCGCCAACGCGGCGGGUGGGUUGUGGACGAGCGUGCACGUGCUCUCCGGGAUCGGCCGCGCUCCCGCGGCGCGUCGCACGCUCGGCGUAGGCGACGAGGAGCUGGAGUGGAUCGAGACGUGCGUCUCCAAGACGCCGCACUACGUGGCCCCGACGCUGGAUCACUUCAUUCGUGAGCUGCUUGCGUUCCCAGAGGCGGCGGUCCUGCAGAACAAGACCCUUUACCACGGGAAGCCAAAUCCGGUAGACCUGAAAGAAGUGUACAACUUUUCGCCCUAA